AUGUCGAGACUCUCCCCAAGCUUGAAAGCAUUGAUCAAUGCCCCGGCUGCACGGCCACAUACCGUGCCGGCGCCUCCUAAUAUCGCCCACGUCUACCGGAGUAUCCAGCAGACAGCCGCGGCGAACAAUGUCUCGCAGCCCUCAUGGCUCGCGCUCUCGACAGCCGCAACAAUGACCAUGAACUCCCCCGAAUCCCUCACAGCCCUACACCAACUCGUCUCCUCCACAUCCCCAUCCACGGCAGUCCAAUCCGCCGAACUCAUGCGCGAAGUCGGCCUCAAAUGCAUCAGUUUCAACGGCAUCCCCCGCACAAUUAACUGCCUAAACGCCUUCCGCGCCGCCCUCCCCGAAGAAAUCACCUCUCACCUCUCCACAACCCCAACCCGCACGCCCACACCGGAGAACAUCUCCUCCAUCUCCGCCCGCGGCCGCGCCCUCUGGGACUCCAUCUACCGACCCUUCGAGAACAAGCUGUACUCCAAGCUCGCCGCGUCACACCCGGAUCUGCCCGUGCACAUCCUGCAUGCGAACUACGGGGCGCUGUUGUCGGAUCCGCCAAGGGAGAGUGGUGCGUCGGCCGGACGGGUGUUGACGUCUAUUGUGGCGGUGGCUUGUUUGCGGGCACAGACGGGCGUUGGGCCGCAGGUUUUGUCGCAUGUUUUUGGGUUGAGGAAGGCGCUUGAGGAUGGGAGUUGGGUUGGGGAUGUUGAGGGGGAGGAGGGGGCGAGGUGGUUGGCGAGUGAUGAGGGGAAUAUGUGGAUUUUGGAGAGUGUGGAUGCUAUUGUUGAGGCUAUUGGGGGAGGGAGUGGAUCGAAUUUUGCUCCUGGGAAGGCCAAGUUGUAG